CAGCAGCAUUCCUUGCCUUUGCUCCACUGCCGUCGAAGAAAGAUUCGUCCUGAGUAGUCCGCAGCGCCGCCGCUUCAACAGAGACAAUGGUGAAGUAUUCGAGAGAGCCCGAUAACCCUACCAAAUCUUGCAAUGCUCGGGGAUCUCAACUGCGAGUCCACUUCAAGAACACUAGGGAAACUGCCCAUGCUAUUAGGAAACUCCCUCUUAACAAGGCCAAGCGGUACUUGGAGGAUGUAAUUGCACACAAGCAGGCCAUACCCUUUACUCGCUUUUGUGGAGGUGUUGGCCGAACUGCACAAGCAAAAAACAGGCAUUCAAAUGGACAGGGACGUUGGCCUGCAAAAUCGGCCAAGUUCAUCCUGGAUCUGCUGAAAAAUGCUGAAAGCAAUGCUGAGGUCAAAGGCUUGGAUGUGGAUUCUCUCCACAUCUCUCACAUCCAGGUCAAUCAGGCUCAGAAGCAGAGGCGCCGUACUUACCGAGCUCACGGAAGAAUAAAUCCAUAUAUGUCAUCCCCGUGCCACAUCGAGGUGAUCCUAUCUGAGAAGGAGGAGCCCGUCAAGAAAGAGCCUGAGUCCCAGCUGGCAACCAGGAAGGCCUAGAUGAAGAAACCAUAGUUGCUGUGCUUUCCUUAGCGACAUUAAUGGGAGUAAUCUGCGGCUUUUGUUCCCCCCUCUUUUUGUCUUUUUAAUUUUUGUUGGAAAAGAUUAUUGUAUGUAUUUCCCUUUUGGAUUUUCCUUCGACAACUAUUGAGAGUUCAAAAUUGGCGAACUUGCUAUAUGGUGCAAGGAAGCUACUAUUGCAUUA